AUGAUGUUAGGUCUAUACGUUAUGGAACAAGUAUCUAGCCCUCCGAGUGCUCAAAUCUUGGAGUUUUGUGAGUCAGAUUUUUUCCAAGGGACCAUGCAAAAUUCAGAUGUUACAUCUGUAUCAAAUUGUUGUUAUGAAGAACAAUCAUCCUAUGCCAAAACUCUCACUUUCCCUCUUGAUAUGAUAAAAUACCCUAUGCUCGCUAGCGCUAUCUCCGUCGCAACCAUUUCCGACAAUGGUAACUGUUGCGGAGGGGACGACAAGUACACCACCAUGUUUGAUGAAAAAAUAGUAGAAAAUAACAUUUCCACCCCUCUAGAUCUCAUAAACCUACAUCAAUAUAAUUCUUUUAGUCCUCAAGAUGAUCAAUUUGACCUCCCUCUACUCCAAAACCAGAUUUCGUUCGCCACGGAUGGGCUUGUUCCGCUAUAUCCUCAACCGACUGAUCAGACCGAUGUCGUGUCCGUGAUGGGACCAAUAAACGAGUUCCAAUCCAUGCCGCCUUCCAAGUGCAUGCGCAACAACAACUCUUCAUCCCUUAGCCAUUGUUUUCUUGAUCAACCUUACCUUCCAUUGAGAAACUCAAACCCUAGCUUGCCAGUCCAAAGUUGUGGAUUUUUUUAUGGGAAUAUGUUGUUGUCGAAUGAGAUUCGAGUUCAUGAACUAGAUUUCCAACACGAGAAUAAUGGCAUUUUCUACUCGGAUCCCCUCUCACACCCUUAUAAUUCUAAUGAACUCAAGGUACUUAGUGAUGAAAGCCAACAUCUCGUUAACAAUGGAGGUGGAUGUUGUAAUCCUCCAUUAACCCCUCCCGAAAUCACAACUUUUGAUUCCGAAAGCUUGAGGAUGGCCACCAAGCUAACUAGUGAAGAACGAAAAGAAAAGAUUCAUAGAUACAUGAAGAAAAGAAAUGAGAGAAACUUCAGCAAGAAGAUCAAGUACGUAUGUCGAAAAACACUAGCAGACAGCAGACCUCGAGUAAGAGGAAGGUUUGCCAGGAACGACGAAUUCGGAGAGCACAACAGAAACAUCAACACCCAUGAAGAAGACAUUUAUGAAGAUGUAAACUCUAUGCAUGUGAUGGUGAAAGAAGAGGAGAAGCUAGAUUCCUCGGAUAUAUUUGCACACAUAAGUGGCUUGAAUUCGUUCAGAUGCAACUACCCAAUACAAUCUUGGAUAUGA